CAACCUAAUAUCAACAUAAAAAAAAGUAAAAUGUCAUUUUACAUGAGUGAUCAAAGCUUUGAGAUAAAAUGAGAGUUUUCGAUGUUUUUUACAUUUACAAAAUAGAUUUAAGUGCUUGCAAUUUAAAAAAAAGUCACUUGUGUUGACAAAACAACAAAGAAUUAAAACCAGCUCUGCAGCUUUACUGAGCUUUUUGUGUCUUUCAGCUCAUAGUUUUAGUUUCAGGUACAUUUAGUUUCAGGUUCAGUCAAUUGAUCAGGUGACAGAAAGACUCCAACUGGAUGAUAUUGUUGCUCUGUGUCUGCUGGAAGUGUAAAUAGGCCACCUUUUGCUAGCACAAUACUUAGCAUGUAAUAAAAUAUGCUGAGUAAUACACAAGUAUACAUCAUUCCUAUGUUUUACACUGUUAGACGUUUUGGCAAUGUUCAUGAAUGUGUAAGUUUAAAAAGGGUUUGUGUUAUGAUGGUUUAAGGAAGCUACAUGAAGCUGAAUUCCUUCCUCAAGUCAAACUCUUCAGCAGCCAGUUUUGCUUUAACCAAAGUUCAGAUGGUUAAAAAGGUAGACUACAGCUUUACUUACACAGAAAUUAAAUGUACAGUUGGAUAAAAAUGUAAAUGAUUCUGUCAUAGGGGAAUAAAAUACAUUAUGUCCUCUGGAUACUUUGAUGGUAGUUUGUUGCAAAAAACCCCAAAACAACCUCCCACUAGAUGGUGCUAAUGGUCUUUGAUGGCUCCAUGUCCCAGUAACAGACUGUAGUUAUAGUAAGGUGUACCUCAUUCAGUCUGCAUCAGGAUAUCAGAACAGGUGAAAGUUUGGGUCACUCUUUAUUUUACAGUCAACCAGAAAGAGGAAACAGCUCCAUCACAAACAGAUCUGUAGCAGAGGAGAAACGGCAGACAACUUCUGCCUGCUGAUGGAGAAUGGCUCUACUGGAAUUAAUUCUUAUUUUGGUGCUUCAGUUUGAAGGCAUCAGUGGAGUCAUCCAUUUCUACCACAGACCUGGAGAUGAUGUCAUUCUGCCCUGUGACGAUGUUUCAUCCUCUGACAGAGUUUGUUCCACAGUUAACUGGCUUUACAGCAGAGAUCCGUCUCAGACAUUUGAUCUGGUUCAGAAUGGAAAUAUAGUGAAGAACUCAGCCCGAGCUGCCAGGAUGAGUCUGGACACCAACUGCUCUCUGGUCAUCAACAACAUUACUGCAGAGGAUGCUGGUUUAUACACCUGUCGACUGAGUUCUAAAUCGGACAGUCAUGUGCAUUUAAGUAUUAUGACAAUCUUUCCAUCUCCACCAGAUGCUGAUGCAAAGUCAGACGGUAAAGUCACAUUAGAGUGUUCUCUGCUGAGAUACAGCGGCCUUCGUCCUUGUCUAUGGAACAGCAUCUGCUGGGUGAAUGAAACAGGCACUGUGCUGCUUGGUGAAGGUGUCGGAUACGAGUUUAUCGGACAGACAAACUGUGUUUCUGUUCUGACUGUGAAGCGUCAGAGUGGCCACAACAGGAGAUACACCUGCCAGGUGGUUGAUAAAAGGAAUAAUGUCCAGAUAGAGGCUCACUACACACCUGUCUUCACAGGUGGGAUAAGUGAUGAUCAGUCACAAAAGUCCAGUACAGGUCCCUCUCUUUACAUCAUCACUGGUGCAGUGGUCGGGGUGGUGGUGGUGGUGGUCGUCAUCAUUGCUGUCUUCAUCAAAUUCAGAAAGAGACACACAGUGACAGAAGGAUCCUCAGGAAUCUCAGGAUGAGCCAGACGGCAGUCUGACCUAUGUCACUGUUAACCAUGCCAAUCAAAAGACAACUUCCAAGAGAAAGGUGAAGGAGGAGGAGGUGACUUAUUCUACAGUCAAGACUGCGGUGACGAUGGAAGCAGACGAUGAUCCCAGCAGGAUCUACAA